AUGUCCGAACGGCAGCAUUUCAUUUCCUUCCCUCGCCAUGAGGAAGAGCAUCUCCAGCGGACUGUGAGCUGGCACCCUUGCCUGCUGAUUCUUGGCCAGAACUGCAGUGCCAAAUGCCAGCUACUCAACAUCCUGCUGGGCGAGAAGCUGCUCCCCACCACCAAAAUCAGCAACGAGGAGAACUGCAAGCGGCGGCGGAUCCGCUUCACGCACGGCGCGCACACGCGGGUCAGCCUGGCGCUGCCUGAGCAGUACGAACUGGUCCACAUGAUGGCAGCCCACCGGGGGCACUGGGACACGAUACCAGAGGAGGACCUAGAAAUUCAUGGGGACAGCGAAGAUCCCGCUCACCGGAUAGCGGAGCUGGAGGUCAUGCUGCCGUACUCACUACUAAAGGAAGUGGAUGUUGUGGUAGCUCCGUGCCGUGGAUUCCAGUCUGCUGAGGCCACCUUGGGAGAGUACGUGAACCAGGUCCUGCCUGUCGUCGUCUUCGCCAUCAGCGAGGCUGAGCUUUCUUCAUCGGACGAGAACGAACUGCGAGAAAUCAAAGAGAAAUUCUCUUUGCCCAUUUUCUUCUUCAAAGUGCCAGAGUCGGGGGCGGAGCUGAUCUCUCCCAAAAAAACUGCGAAUGAGAAGUCCUCCCUUUACUGCCAGCUGAUGGACCUGGAGUACCUGAGUACCAACCACUGCGGCUGCGGGGCGCACGGCCCCGAUGCCGAUGCCCAGAGCGUGCUGGUGGAGCACUUUGAGAAGCUCCGUCUCCUCAGCACGUUCGCCAGGCAGGUGCUUCAGAAGCAUCUGGUGGAAGCGGCCACCAGUCUCAGCGAGCUGCACUGCCGCUGCCUCAACAUCUUCAUCAACCAGGCCUUCGACAUGCAGCGGGACCUGCAGAUCACCCCCAAGCGGCUGGAGUACACCCGCAAGAAGGAGAAUGAGCUCUACGAGUCCCUGAUGAACAUCGCCAACCGCAAACAGGAGGAGAUGAAGGACAUGAUCGUGGAGACUCUCGGCAACAUGAAAGAGGAGCUCUUGGAGGAUGCUGCCAACAUGGAAUUCAAAGAUAUCAUCAUUCCCGAGAAUGGGGAGCCUGUUAGCUCCAAGGACAUCAAGUGUUGCAUUAAGCAAAUUCAGGAACUGAUCAUUUCUCGCUUGAACCAAGCGGUCGCCAACAAGUUGAUUAGCUCAGUGGAUUACCUGCGAGAGAGCUUUGUGGGGACUCUGGAGCGGUGCCUGAAGAGCCUGGAGGAGUCUUGGGAGGUCUCAGUGCAUCCUGCGAGGAGUUUGGAGAAGUCAAAGGAUGCUUCUGUACACAUCACAAGCAAUUAUCUCAAACAGAUACUCAACGCAGCCUAUCACGUCGAGGUCACCUUCCACUCUGGCUCCACGGUAACCAGGAUGCUGUGGGAGCAGAUCAAGCAGAUAAUCCAGCGGAUUACGUGGGUCAGCCCACCUGCCAUCACCAGUGACUGGAAGAGGAAAGUUGCUCAGGAUGCCAUCGAGAGCCUCAGUGCAUCCAAGUUGGCCAAGAGCAUUUGCAGCCAGUUCCGGACCAGGCUGAACAGUUCCCAUGAGGCUUUUGCAGCUUCUCUGCGACAGCUGGAAGACGGCCAUUCUGGCAGGCUGGAGAAGACAGAAGAUCUGUGGCUGAAGGUGCGCAAGGAUCAUGCUCCUCGGCUGGCACGACUCUCUCUGGAGAGCAGGUCCCUCCAGGAUGUGCUGUUACAUGGCAAACCAAAGCUGGGCCGAGAGCUGGGCCGAGGACAGUACGGCGUGGUCUAUCUGUGUGACAGCUGGGGAGGGCAUUUCCCCUGUGCACUGAAAUCUGUUGUUCCUCCGGAUGAGAAGCACUGGAAUGACCUUGCACUCGAGUUUCACUACAUGAGGUCUCUGCAGACGCACGAGCGGCUCGUUCAUCUCCAUGGGUCUGUGAUAGAUUAUGGCUAUGGAGGAGGCUCCAGCAUUGCCGUCUUGCUGAUAAUGGAACGCUUACACAGAGACCUCUAUACAGGACUAAAGGCUGGGCUGGAGUUGGAAACACGAUUACAAAUCGCCUUGGAUGUGGUCGAAGGAAUCCGUUAUCUUCACAGCCAGGGACUUGUGCACCGGGAUAUCAAACUGAAAAAUGUCUUGCUGGACAAAAAAAGCCGAGCCAAAAUCACCGACCUGGGGUUCUGCAAACCAGAAGCCAUGAUGUCUGGCAGUAUCGUGGGCACACCCAUUCACAUGGCUCCUGAGCUCUUUACAGGAAAGUACGAUAACUCGGUGGAUGUUUACGCAUUUGGCAUUCUGUUUUGGUACAUCUGUUCGGGACACGUGAAGUUACCAGAGGCUUUUGAGAGAUGUGCAAGCAAAGAUCACCUUUGGAACAAUGUCAGAAGAGGGGUCCGGCCGGAGCGUCUCCCGGUGUUUGACGAGGAGUGCUGGCAGCUGAUGGAAGCCUGCUGGGACGGAGACUCCUCGCAGCGCCCGCUCCUGGGGAUCGUUCAGCCAAUGCUGCAGGGGAUCAUGGACAGGCUUUGCAAGUCGAGCUCUGAGCACCCACAUAAAGGCUUGGAUGACUCCACUUGAAAAGGAAACACAGGAGUUUUUAACUGUGGGAGAAUCCUGAACCCCUGACUCUGCAGAUGGCUUCGUCAGAUGUAGCUCUUGAGGCUAACGUGAGCGGGACAGGU